UCGGUCCACAACAGAUUAUGCGACUCUUGCAUGGAAUGGUGGAUAGUGUGAAAGGAAGUGAGCGUGCAUAGCGGCGUAAUUUCGAAAUAUGUGGUAAUAUGUAAUCGUUUUAUGAAGCAAUUACAAAGCAGAAUAUGUGAUUUUCUUUCGUAAUGUAAGGCAUAGGUAAUGAUAACCAAUAGUUUCAUCAACAAGCUCAAGGCUUCCAAAAGCUCAAGAGACUUGGAGGACAUAAGGGAAGGCGAGGGAGAUAUCAAACCCAGUCUUUUUGAAAAGGGGGAAGGAGAAAAGGAAAAGCUAACGAACAGUUCAGGCGAUGGUGUAAGUCUCCGAACACCCCUGCCCACAAUUGUGAUUUGUCAACGAGAGAAGCCUGAUAAUAGGUUUAAGUCACGCCCUCCUGUAAGACAUGAAUUUCGAAUGGCUCGAGGAGGCCCCAUGGAUAGGAGAGGUUCGAGUGUUCGGAGCAGAGGAUGUGGUAUGUCGAGAAAGGUGGAAAGAGAGGGCGAGCCAAAUCCAUUAUCACGUGGUAAAUUUCAAGAAUCGUUGAACAAAGGCAACUCUGAUAUUCCUGUUUCAUCAUCAUCAAAAUACUACAGUGAUACUGAACGUAGCAAGGGCAGAAUGGAGUGUGGGUAUGUUGUUCCUGAAGAUUCCAGGAUUUCUAAACUUCUGCGACGCUUAUGUAGAGAAGAUGAUUCCAUGAAAUUCUUAAUCCUUUGCAAACAGUUGCAGGAGUCUCUGAUGGUUCCUGAGAAUGGACGCUACAUUCGGCGAUCCUUGGAUCUUAUAGCUGAAUCACUAUUAGACACGCUACACAGUGGGCCAGGUUCUGAAGCCAAGUUCCAAGCUGCGAAGUGUUUGGGAAGAGUUGGAUAUGUUUUGGAGCAAGAUUUCAAGAGAUACAUGGACUGGGUUUUCUCAAAAUAUGCUGUUGAGAGAAAUGAUGAAGUGAGGUUACUUCUGAUGAAAGCCAUGGCAGAAACAUUGAGGUUAGAGGAAGAGGUGCCAAAGUUAGAGGACUUUUCAGUUGUCCUGAUGACUCAACUGCAGACAGCGUUAGAGAAUACAGAUCUGCCCGAACUCCUCAUGGGAACAGUUGAUGUUAUCAUUUUGUUGACAGAAAUUUAUCCAUCAACAUUUACCAAACAUUUCAGGGAUACAGUGGAUAUUUUGGUUGGGUGGCACAUAGAUGGAAGUCAAGCCAUUACUGUGACGCAGUACGCAUCACGCAGUCUGCAGAAACUGAAUCGCUAUUGGAUAGCAGACCUGCAGUUCUCACUCACUUUGUUAGGACAGUUCCUUGAAGACAUGGAGGCAUAUGGAGAAGAUCUUGUGUUCCCCACGUCAGGGCGUUCAUCCCCUGCUGAGGAUCCUCCUCCAACACCAGAAGAUUGCAUUUUACGAAUUACUUCUCUGAUAAGAGUGUUCAACACAGUUACAAGAAGUCUGGGAUGCCAUUUAAAUCCAACAGUGUCACCAACAGUUUCCUGGACGUUCAUAACAGACUGUUUUGCAAAGAUGUUGCGUACUGUGGUCAAAGCUCUGGAUGUCUGUAUGGAUGAGGAUUUAAUAGUUACAGCCAAUGAAUGCACUUGCUUGCUGCUGCAGCACUUGCAGUCAAAGACUUCAGCAGCCAAUGAGAUACUGUAUGGACUGAUAGAUUCACAACUUGCACUAGUGUCACAGCUUGCAGACUUCACCAUAAUCUCCAUGCUCAAGAUGAUUGCAAAGACUGUACGGGAGGUCAGUGCAAAUCUUCCCUUGGAACUGGUACAGAAGCUUUUGGGAUCUGACUCACCCCUGCUGGAGCUACGUUUCUCACCCUCUCUGAACAUCCAAGCUGAAGUCUUAGCUGUGUAUCACAGCCUUCUGAAUUUGAAGAAUAUCCCAUUACUGCAGGAAGCAUACAGGUAUGUUCUUGGAGAUCUAGAGAUAGCAUACAAGAUGUAUGUGCCAUCUAUAGAAGAACUGUGUCAACAUAAUCCACACUCUAAGCUUAUGUAUAGACUGGACAAUGUAGAGAUUGUGAUCCUGUUUCAUCUACGUGCUCUCGCAGAUCUGGCAAAUGCAAGUAAUUCCAUCAUUGGAAUGUGGGCACUGAAACCCAGCAUUUUGGAAUUGUUGGCGGUGAAGUUGUUGCCUUUCGACAAGGGCUUGACACAACAUAGUCCAUUAUUGCAGUACUCUGUGCUAUAUCUGCUUUACAGUCAUUGCUCGAGGUACAAUCACUUUGUAUCAAGCAGUGGUUUGGUGAGUUCUGCACAUGGGAGAUCAAAUGUACAUGAUAUUCUUGGUUUGUCAGUCACCCUUGGGCCUGAAGUUCCAACGACUUCUCCUACUGUUGGACACCUCUCCAUCAUACUCAAUCUCCUGGCAAAUAUGCUGUCACAGGAGACAUCAGAGGAAACGAGGCUGUUGGUUCUGUUAUGGACACGUGAACUUCUGGCCCAGGCUCAGCCAUACUUUACUGUACUGCAUCAGACAGCAGAGUUUAUGAAAAUCUUGUUUGCCAUUAUUGGUUCUGGCUUCCAUCAUAGUGCAGCCAUUGUCCUAGGGGUAGCAGGAAAUGUUGAACAGAUGUUAGCUGCCAAAGAGGUGCCAUGGAAAGGUGAGGUUUUGUCUGAGAUUCUUGAACUCUGUGUUCUGCAUCUGAAUUCAACAAACAGUAGAGUUAGGGCCAAGUUCAGUCACCUGCUGUCUCUGGUGCCCUGGUACUUCACUAUUUCAAGACUCUCUGACGCAAAUCGUGCUGUGGAAGUGAAGAACAAGCCCCUGCAGGAGCUGUCAGGUUUCACUCUUGACAUUCUGCGUGCUGCACAGAGGCACCACUUGUCAAGGGGAUCUUGUGGUGAAAUGCAGCCACAGCAGUUUCGCAAGUUCAUGGGCUAUCUUCUGCAGGGUGUACAGCAUAGUGAUAAUGACUGGCUGCAAGACAUGUUCUGUAGCUGCUGGCCAUUGCAGCCUUCACAUCGGGCUCCGGAUGAGGACAAGGCAGUCUCUGUGUUUGGUAACUUGGCGUUAGCAUCCAGUUUGGUUCUUCUCUUGUGGGCUGCAUGGGAAGCAUCUCAGUUGUGUGUAAUGUACAAGUUACGUACACCUCUGGGAAAGCCACAGGACACCUUCACCAAUAUUGAAAGGGCCAUAAAGAGUCUGGCUCGUGAGAUCAACCAGCAGCAAGGAGUGCCAGAGGACUCAUCAUCCUCUCUUCCUCGUUUCAAAGAGGAAGUGACAGUAACUAAUGGCACUUCAUGUGGCAGUACUUGGGAGCAGUGGAGAAUCAGGCUUUUGCUGGAGUUCCUGGAGCACUUAGAGAAGGCAAUGCACAAUGCUGCAGAGGGUUGUGCAACAGCCAUGAUGCCCCCUCCCAAGCCUGUACGAACAUUCUUCCACACAAACAAGAGCACCUGUGGUGAGUGGCUGACAAGAAUUCGCACUGCUGUUGUGAUAGUGGCAAUCCACGCAGGACAGGCAACCACUGCAGUUCGCCAUGGGCAUUGUAUGUUGCAGGAUAUGGCAGAUGCUAACAGUACUCAGGGUCCAGAAUUUGAAAGGGCUGUCAUGUAUGUCUGUUGGGCCCUGUGCAAACUCCGUGAACCGGAAGCAAUACAAGGUCUGUAUGCAUGGUGCAAAGAUGUUGCUGGACGGAAGUUCGCUUGGUUGAAAGCUGCUUCUGAACAAGCCCAAGGAAGGUUUGAAGCAGCAGCUGAGGAUUACCAAAAAUUACUGAACCAGGAGUGCGUUGGGUCAACACCGCAGUCUUCACCAACACACCAGAUUACUGAUGAGAACAUAUCCAACCCAGUGAAACAAGUUGGAAAAACUGAGACAGAACAGCAUAUGCUGGGAUUCAUGGCUGAACAGUUAACAGAGUGUUACAAGGCUGUAAAUGAUUGGACUGAUCUUCUCAAGUGGAAGGAAAAGGAGGCAGAACUGUUGAUGAAUCAGAAUGGUGGAACCCCACAAAAAUAUUUAAUGAGCAGUGCGACCAGUACUGCGCAUGCCAAAGCAAUGGCCAAAUUUGAAGAAGGGGAAUUUACAGCUGUGAGUGAGUUGAUGAAGUGGAGUGUUGAAGGAGCCUCUCCUACAGAACAGAUGUGGGACAGUGUCAGUAACAACAGGAAGUGUUGGAGUAGUUACAAGCUUAUGGGUAAAGCAUACACCAUGCUGACAAGCAUAGCAAUGACUCUAGUUGCAGAUGGUGGAAGCAGCGAUGUCGAAACUGAGUGAGUAGCUGGAACAGAAGUAGCACAA